UGAGGGUGAUUCUAAUCGGUAUUCUCAUUAGCUAGAGAUGUGUUUUUUGCAUAAAGACGGAUCGGGACGAAACAAAGCUCGAGAAUGAGUAGAGAUAUAUUUUUGGAGUGUGAAACAGAGAGAGACGAGGCAGGGAUGGAAGAAAAUGAAAGAGAUGCAGAGAGCUACAAGAGGCUGGAUGAGGUGAAGGCAUAUGACAUGAGUGUAUAUGAUUCUAUGAUGAUGAAGAAUCCCAAAAAUUGCAGCCUCGCCUUCUUUACUCCAUCCUCGACUUGUGAUGAUGUAAGCAACAACAUAUCUGAGUCUUUUAAUCAUGCGGUUGACCCUGCUAGAUCAAUGCCACUCGUGGAAAUGUUGGAAACAAUACGUAGAAGAGCUAUGUUGCGCAUUGAGGCAAGGAAGAUGAAAGCAAUGAAUCACAGAGGGAAGUUCAGUCUAAAAGCAAUGGAAAAAGUCAGCCAGGAGCAACGUAAAAUACGUCACUGCACUAUAUAUCCUUGCGGAUAUGAGGUAUUUGAAGUGAAAGAGAAAAACAGUUCAUACAAAACGAAAAUGGUUGAUCGUACUUGCACUUGUCGAAAGUGGGAGAUGUCGGGAUUGCCUUGUCGUCAUGCCCUGAAAAUCAUUUCUGCAAAGAAGCGCAAACAAGAGGAUUAUAUGGCUGCUUGUUACCUUACUUCGACGUGGAGAAAGCAGUAUGAAACACCAAUUAAGGCUGUCCAUGGGAUAAACUUUUGGGUAAAAACAGGAGAUGCAGAGAUUAUUCCACCACCAACAGAACCAGAAUCAUCAAGAGGAAGAAAGAAAAUUCCUAAGCGGAUAAAAGGAAGGAACGAGUCUCCAAGAAAGAAAAAGACUAAGGUUAUGAAUGAGUCUCCUUCAAAGGUUUCAAGGGAGAGAAGGAUCAUUCAUUGUGGCCGAUGUGGAGAAAGUGGACAUAACGCAAGGAAGUGCAAAAAUGUUGGAGUUCCAGUUCAAAGUCCACCAAAGAAGAAGAAUGUCACACAAGUAGAACGAUCAAGUCAACCAACACAAAGUCAAGUGGUCGACUAACAUACUUUAUUGUUUCAGAAUUAGGAUGUAUUUGUUGAAUAAUGCCUAUUUGUUCUCAAACCACAAAACAUAAAACGUGAAAAAAAAAGAAGAGUAAUAAGUCAAGGUAACUGUUGUUUUGGUGUGAAAAAGUCUUUGUGUUGCAGUUGUCUAAGUAUAAGUCAAAAGUGUGUAGAGUAAUCCUAAGUCUAAGUUAAUAAUAAGGCUAUAUGGAGAAAGAUCGAGAGUGUUCUGUUCUCUGUAUAAAUAUGUAAUGGCCAUUGUUGUGUAAAGCAAGCAAACCAAAAACAGAACAAGAGAAGCAUGAAGAGAACCUGCAAUUUUCUGCAGUUUGCAAC